GACGACGUGCGCGUAACACUGCCUUUUACUUCUUGCCCAUUCGGCUUGAGACGUAUUUGCUUGCUGUCUUCCUCUAUCGCCUAUCUUUUCGCCCAUUGACGCGCCGCCCGGGCGCUCCCAUCCUAUCACACGAUUCACCUCUCCCGCUCCCGCCCUCCAGCUACCUCCAACAUGGUGAAGCCAGUAGUACCCAUAGUGCGCAAGCUCAUAUCGAGCUCCAAAGUGGGCGUUGUCGUCUCCGCCGGCAAAAUGUCACGCGCGGUCAAAGUACGCAUCGCAGGUCAAGAAUGGAAUAAGAAAUUUCGAAAACACUUCCCCUCCGAACAAACCUACCUCGUAGCCGACCCCAACAACUCCCUCGUCGAAGGCGACGUCGUCCGCAUCGCCUCCGGCUGGCGCACCUCCAAAUCCAUCCGCCACGUCGUAACCUCCAUCGUCGCGCCCUUCGGCUCGCCCGUCGAGGACAGAACACCCGUCCUCACUGAAGAACAGCGCAUGGAAAUCCGCAUCAAGGAGCGGCUGCUCAAAGACGUGCGGUCGGCAGAGCGAGGGCGGCGAACGAGCAUCGAGCGGCUGGCGCAGGCGCGGAAACAGGGGUACAAGAUACCGAGCUUGUCGGAGGCGAUGGCGAAUGUGAGGAUUGCAGAGGAGGAGGAGAGGAUGGGGAGGGAGGGGGGUCGGAAGGAAAGGCAUGGUGGGCAGGCGGGGCAGAUUCUGACGGCGAAGGAGAGGAGGGUGGAGAGGGGGAGGGAGACGAAGGAGGAGAGGGGCGCGGAGAAGAAAGUUAGGGAGGCGAGUGUACAGACGGCGUGAGCUUAUGCUCAAAAUUGCGAGAUAUCUGGGUUCUUGUGUAGGAUACGCCAUGUAUAACGUAGCAUCAUUGGAGGUCCGCAGAGAUGAGGGCGCGCCAUUGUAUGAUAAAGCCCCCGAGGUCAACAUUUGUGCGGUAUAGAUAUCAUAUCCGACUGUAAAUAAUUCUCCACCUUUGGAAGUAAUGCUCCGAACGUGUCUAUGUCAUACAAAGCUGAAGG